AUGCCCCCGCAAGUUCAAAAUGGAGCGAUGUAUGCAUAUCCGGACAAAGCUGCCAUAUGGUUAUCAAAGUUUCGCGGCGAAACGCAUUGGGCUGUUUAUAUGAGGGAGUUUAACUCAAUAUUUUUCCCUAACGACAAUUCCAUGGAAUUUCCGCCCCUUCCACAGAUACAUAUCGACUUCGACGAUUCUCAUGGUGUCGUAUCGAAUUUCAACAAGAUUUUGACCAAUCCAAAGAGCUACAUCCUCUCGAUCAUACCCGAUCAAAAUCAGAUCCAAGUUUACGUGGAGAAUUAUCUCUGUACCGUAGAACGGAUCUACCGCAUUUUACACGUUCCGUCGUUCCGCAAGGAGGUAGAUGCGUUCUGGGCAAAUGACCAAGCACCCAGAUCGGACUGGCUGGCACAGUUUCUGAUGGUGAUUGGCAUCGGCUGUCUGACAACUCCACAUGCAAACAUCAAACGAGUGGCCCGAAUUCUAAAAGCAGCGGAAACAUGUCUACUACAGAUGCACCACAUUUUGAACCCGACAUUUCUCACCAUAAACGCUCUCUGCAUGAUGGUGAUUUCUAAACAUAUUGGUGCGAUGUCGUGCCAUGAAUACGAUUCGUGCGGGCCGCUCAUGGGGAUUGUGAUGCGGCACGCUAUGUCCCUAGGCCUACACUGUGACCCAACUUUCAGUGGCAACAAAGUUUCCCCUUUCGAGGCAGAAAUGCGAAGAAGGAUGUGGACGACAAUUGUGCAUCUCGAAUUACAGCAGUCCAUCGUUAGUGGGGCGCCGCCUCUUCUCAAAAAAGGUGACUAUAGCACGCUCCCGCCGUCGAAUCUGAAUGACGAAGAUCUUGACCCGUCAAGAGAAGAAGCGUUCGUCCCUGCACCAGAUUUUGAGUUUACGGAUUCAUCGUUCCAGAUUAUUCUCGCAAAUUCAUUCACCACAGCGUUUGAGAUUGUCUGCGCUGCCAAUUCUUUAUCGGAAAUAAUCAACUAUGACAGGGUAACCAGUCUUGAUGCUCUCAUACGGGAAUUUCUCAUGGAAACUUGCUUGCUCCGAAAUAGUUUACCCAUGUGGUCGGUUAGUGUAGAAAAACACUGGAAAGCUCUGCAGAUAUCCACCCUUGAGCUGACCUUCCGACGUCUCCUACUAAUUCUCCAUCAACGAUAUGCCCGCCAGCGCGAGGCAAACAUCGAGUAUCCCACGUCUUACUGGUCUGCACUAGAAUGCUCGUUGGCAAUUCUAGUCCACCAAAGACAGGUUCAUGAGGACCCUGUCCACAAUGAAUCGGCAAAGUGGUUCGCAGAACUCUUCAAGAGCGAUUUCUUUAUGGCAAUCAUGAUGGUUGGUAUCCAGCUCUGUCGACGGGAUAAUCCGGUGUCGGACAAAAGGGAGCCUACAGCGAAAUCCAGCGGAUGUUAUAAUCCAAUUGUAUCACCGAGAUCGACUAUAUUACAGACGUUGAAAUGGUGCCAGGAUAUUUGGUCGAGUAAACUGGCUCGAUCGUUCUGCCAAUCCAAAGUAAACGAUAUUAUCGGAAGGAUAAUAAUAACUGUGGAACUUGAAACUUAA